UGGACCAUUGCCGGAUUGCAUACCGUGGGCUGCAUACGAUACCGUACCCUACACACUUUUCACUUUCUACCUCCCUCCCUUCUCUCUCAUCCUACCGCAUUCCUUCCCCUCUGCCCGUUUUUUCCCCCUUGACACAUUUCCCUCGCGUCAUAGUUGCUUGGUGCAGAGGUAGUCUACCGUUGGGGUGUAUUCACUUUGGUCUUUGUCUGGUGUUUCACGGUUUGUAGAUAGGUACUCGUGUUUAACUAUGAUCGAUCAUGUCCUCGGCCGCCCUUCGCGGCGCUUUCGCAAAGUCCAGGUUAUCUCUGUCAUCCUCUUCUGGAGCAUGUACCUUCUCCAGGGCAACCCGCACGGUCCACCAGUGCUCUCCAUUCGCAGGAUCUCCCGCUUCUUCACCAAGCGUUUGACGUCCUUUCAGACCGUGACCUUGACGUUAUUGUAUCUUUAUCUCGCACGAAACUUCGCCAAGAUCUUCAAUCUCGAGAGUCCGGAGCCGCUUGCGAAUUUGUACUCUCGGAGUUACUUUCGUGCGACAUGGGUUAUGACGGCGUUGGAUGCGGGAUUUUGGACUGCUAUGCGGAUAAAGACUGGUUGGUUGAGGGAUAUUUGCAGCGUCGUGUUCAGUUUGUAUUAUCUGGUGGCGGCCGAAAGGGCGGACGAGAAGGUUCGCAGGGUCCGCGCAACCAUCACGGUUGAUCAUUUACGCGUUUCCUGGAAUAAAUCCCAGACUCCGUAUCUGAAGGCGCUCACUACAUUGGUGAACCCGGCUCCGAAUCGAUUCGGUCCCCGACAUAUUCGGAUUUCCCGACCGAAGGAGUCAAUUUAUACGACCCCCGUCGAUGCUUGGCUGUAUUUCGAAGGGACUCGGGAAGAACUUAAACAUUGCUCCAAGUUGAUCCUUGACUUUCCCGGGGGUGGAUUCGUUGCCAUGUCGCCUCGGCAUUACGAUGACAUGCUUCUCGCUUGGGCACGGAAAUGCCCGGGUAUCCCCAUCAUUGCUGUGGAUUAUAGGCGCGCUCCGGAAUUCCCAUAUCCGUAUGCGCUUAAUGAAUGCUACGACGUUUAUCAUAGCAUUGCGUGCACCAAGGGAAAGUGUGUAGGAUUAUCGGGGGAGACUCUUCCCAGGAUUGCUCUCGGUGGAGACUCUGCCGGAGGGAAUUAUGCUGCUGGUGUGACGCUCAUGAUCUUGAAUUCCACCAGCACGAGCUCAACAGGGCAUCUGAUGGAGGAGGGAUGGAAAGGGCUGCCGUUGCCGGAUGGCUUGGUCCUGGUCUAUCCAUCGUUGGAUUUGAAUAUCGGUUCUUGGAUGAAUGACGAUCAAAUGAAACUUAUUCGCCAGAGGGACAUGCGAAAAACGAACCGCAACGUUGUUAAGCGCAAGAGUGAGUACUUUGAGCAUGCCUCCGGUAUCGUCCGUCCGCAUAAAAGUGACGAGGACUACGAUGAGGAGAGCGAUAGCGACCCGGUGGUCACGAACGGAUCCCUCCAGAGUAAUGGCAGUAUUGUGGGCAAAACUGUGCCUGCGAUCACAAACAGCAAGACCCAGCCACUGUCCACUAGACUCGCCGUCACUUCUCGUCUCUCAUACUUUAAUGACCGUCUGCUCACACCAGAGAUGAUGCGAGCAAUGGUGAUCCUAUACAUUGGACCUCAUAACCGACCAGAUUUCGCCACAGACUUCUUCCUCUCCCCCAUUGUUGCCCCGGAAGACCUCCUGGCAAGGUUCCCAAAAACCUACUUCCUCACUGGCGAGCGAGAUCCCCUCGUCGACGACACCGUGAUCUUCGCCGGCCGCAUCAGACAAGCGAAGAAGGCCGUCUGGAGGCACCGCCGGGACCUAGGGCUCGAGCCAAGCAAGUCACGUCCGGGCGAAGGCGUAGAAGUCAGCCUGAUCCCAAGCAUCAGCCACGGCUUCCUGCAAAUGUCAACCCUCUACCCUGAGGCUCGAAGGGAGAUUAACAAAUGCGCACGCUGGUUUAACGAGAUACUUGACGACCGGCCGUAUGACGACUCCGGCGACGACGACGAGCCAUCCUCCGGCGGCGCCGGCGUCUUUGGUGGUGGAUGGAGGAAGCACAAGAGAAGCUUCACCGGCGAGAGUAUGACCAGUAAUGACGAGGAUAAGCCAUUAGAGAUGUCUGUUAUUAAUAAUGGAAAUGCCAGGGGUGGUAGAGGUCGGGGAGCGCCCUCGGGACGAAGGGGCCGGAGGAUGGGGAGUGAUGCAAGUCUUGGCAGCGAAGUGGAUCUGGUUGGUAGGAGGAUGCAGGGGCUUGCGGGUAGAUUGACCGCCGGGUUAGAAGAUGAGGAUGAUCAGUAGUUUUUUCUGUGUGUGUUGCGAGUUGGGGGAGGGAGUUGAGGCGUUUGCUUCCAUACGGUACCCAUAAGUUGUAAAUAUUUGCUAUGUCUGUAAGUAAUGAUUAUGCGUGCAUGAGGGAAAACGGUUCAGGUCGA